AUGAGGACCCCUUGUCUUGCACGGCUUCCCUACCGUGCUGUGUCUGGUUUGACCAGCACUGCCCGUUUUCAGUCACAGAGCCUUCUCCGUCUGAGAUGCGCAUCCACGGCCGCCUUGCGGCCCUCCGGAGUCGCGCCGGCUUAUCAGUCGGUUUUGAAGCAAUGGGAACAGCGCCGCAAUGCCGCAUCUGCCAGUGCUGCUGCAGUUCUCGAGGCUGCCGCUGCGAGUCCCGAUAGCUUGUCGCAAGCCGCCAUCAUCGACAAUUUGGAUCCCAUCGAGGCCGCCCGCUUGGACAAAGUUCGAAACAUCGGUAUUGCCGCCCACAUUGACAGCGGCAAGACUACCUGUACCGAGCGAGUUCUCUUCUACACCGGUCGUAUCAAGGCUAUUCACGAGGUCCGCGGACGAGAUGCUGUCGGCGCCAAAAUGGACUCGAUGGAUCUUGAGCGUGAGAAGGGUAUCACCAUUCAGUCUGCGGCCACCUUCUGUGACUGGGUCAAGAAGGAUAAACAAGGUGUUGAUCAAAAGUACCAUAUCAACUUGAUUGACACGCCUGGUCACAUUGAUUUCACCAUCGAAGUCGAGAGAGCGCUGCGCGUUCUGGAUGGUGCCGUCAUGAUCUUGUGUGCUGUCUCUGGUGUCCAGUCUCAGACCAUUACUGUUGAUCGUCAAAUGCGUCGUUACAAUGUUCCCCGUAUCUCCUUCGUGAACAAGAUGGAUCGCAUGGGCGCCAACCCUUUCAAGGCCAUUGACCAGAUCAACUCCAAGCUGAAGAUGCCUGCUGCGGCAGUCCAGGUUCCCAUUGGUGCCGAGGAUGAGUUUGAGGGCGUCGUCGACCUGAUUCGCAUGAAGGCCCUCUACAACAGGGGCGAGAGUGGUGAAACUAUUGUCGAGUCCGAAGAGAUCCCUGACAAGGUCAAGGACAUUGCCAUUGAACGACGGGCUAAGCUCAUUGAGACUCUCGCAGAUGUUGAUGAUGAAAUUGCCGAGAUUUUCCUGGAUGAGGGCGAGCCUACCGAAGACCAGCUCCGCGCCGCGAUUCGCCGAUCCACUAUCGGUCUCAAAUUCACUCCUGUCUUCAUGGGAUCUGCUCUGGCCAACAAGUCCGUUCAACCCAUGCUUGACGGUGUCAUUGAUUUCUUGCCCAAUCCUUCGGAGGUUGAGAACCUGGCCCUGGACCAAAAGCGCAAUGAGGCUUCCGUGAAGCUUGUGCCCUACAACUCCCUGCCCUUUGUCGGUCUUGCUUUCAAGCUGGAGGAGAGUAACUUUGGCCAGUUGACAUACAUCCGUGUUUACCAGGGUACCCUUCGCAAGGGCUCCAACGUCUUCAAUGCUCGCAACAACAAGAAAGUCAAGAUCCCUCGUAUUGUGCGCAUGCAUUCCAACGAGAUGGAGGAAGUCAACGAGAUUGGUGCUGGUGAAAUCUGUGCCGUGUUUGGUGUUGAAUGUGCUUCUGGUGAUACCUUUACCGAUGGCCAGCUCGGCUACAGCAUGUCGUCAAUGUUCGUUCCCGAACCCGUCAUUUCUCUCUCCAUCAAGCCCAAGCAGACCAAGGAUGCCGCCAAUUUCUCCAAGGCCAUGGCCCGGUUCCAACGUGAGGAUCCUACCUUCCGUGUGACCUAUGAUAGCGAAAGCGAACAAACCAUCAUCUCCGGUAUGGGUGAGCUGCACCUUGAUAUCUACGUGGAGCGUAUGCGCCGAGAGUACCGUGUGGACUGUGAGACUGGUCAGCCUCAGGUCGCAUACCGUGAGACGAUUGGUCGUCGCGUUGAGUUCGAUCACUUGCUCAAGAAGCAGACUGGUGGUGCUGGUGACUAUGCCCGUGUCAUGGGGUGGAUGGAGCCUACCGGUGCUCUUGAGGAGAACAAGUUCGAGCAGCAGGUUGUUGGUGGCAGUAUCUCUGAGAAGUUCUUGUAUGCUUGUGAGAAGGGUUUCAAUAUCUCUUGCGAGAAGGGUCCUCUUAUCGGCCACAAGGUGCUCGGUACCUCGAUGGUCAUCAACGAUGGUGCCACUCACAUGACUGAUUCGUCCGAAAUGGCCUUCAAGAACGCUACCCAGCAAGCCUUCCGUAAGGCUUUCACUGAGAGUAACCCUGCCGUCCUGGAGCCCUUGAUGAAGACUGUGGUCACUGCUCCUUCUGAGUUCCAAGGUGAUGUCAUUGGUCUGUUGAACAAGCGUGGUGCUACCAUCAACGACACCGAGACUGGUGUUGAUGAGUUCACCAUCUACGCGGACUGCAGUCUAAACGGCAUGUUCGGCUUCAGCUCCAACCUCCGUGCUGCUACCCAGGGCAAGGGUGAAUAUACGAUGGAGUUCAGCCACUACGAGAAGGCUCCUCCACAAGUCCAAAAGGAACUUAUCGCCAAGUACCAGAAGGCCCAGGCCGACCGAAACAAGAAAUAA